AUGCAGAUUCAAUUUGCAACACAUCAUACCGGUCAACCUAAAAUUGUUAAAAUGCCAAUUCUUUCGAAGUCAGAUAAUGAUACUGCACAACGGGCUUGGCAUCGAGCGUAUAAAUGUGGCUCAGUCAAGAUAUGCAGUGAGCAUGCACCACAUAUGAAUCUUAAUUCACUUCGUGAAUUAUCAGGUGCAGUAUUAAAUAACAAGGUCGAUGAUCUUCUAAAAGCAGCUACAGAAGAAUUUUUCCGCGGAUUCUUAAAUACAUGGAAACAACGAGGCUGUAUUUAUAAGGGUUAUAAUACUUGCCACAGUGAUUUACCAGUGAUGUUUCAUCGGAAUUGUUUUUUAUUUAUUGGCUGUUCAAAGAACUCUGAUCUAGAGCCAUGGCAUUAUGCAUAUGCUAUAGAAUGUUUUCAGCAGAUUGAUCGCUCAUAUCUAAAAUCUCUGGUAAAAUAUGGCUUUAAAGAGCCUAAACAGGAGUGUGACUUUAUUAGUCAGGUUACUACAGGAAAACAAUUUUGCGAUCGCUCCCAUCCAGGGAAUCCAGGACAUUUAAUCAAGCCAAAAUGUCGGUUUAUGCUUUCUCCAAUAUUUACCAAUUUAUAUGAUAGAUUUGGACCUAGUACUCUACGUACACUUCAUAAGUGCUUGAAUAUUGAAGAUCGUAUUACUGCUUUAAUCCGGAAGCAAAAGCUCUUAUCAUUUCCCGAGGGAACGCAUAUCGCAGGUAUAUUGAGAGAGUAUUCUUUUGAUCGGCUAAAGGAGAACAGUGAGCAAUGGAUCCGCGAGGUCCAUUUCUUUGACCCUGAGCAUUGGUUGAUCAUAUGUUGUACAUAUGCUCAGGCUAAGGCUUUUAUCCAUGCAAAUUACCUUGAAAUGGAUCUCUUCUUUAAAAUGGUUAAUGGAAAGACUAAUGUCUUCUCUAUCUCAUCUUGGAAUGCACAGACUAAGCGUAUCAAUACUUAUGCUUAUGCAUUCCUUAAUCUAGAGACACGCCAUGCAUAUGCUGUGAUGUUCUCUAAGAUAUUUAAAAUACUUGGUGAUGUGGCUCGUUCACCGGUUCAUUUUGCCCAUAUUUCACCUGGAGAAGAGAACGAAAUCCGAACAAUUACAGUUGACAUGUGUAGAAAACAGGCUGGGGGUAGGUUCAAUAUAUCUUAA